AGUGGUUCCCAAACGUCUGAAGUUGUGUUUGUGGGUGGGCGGUAGUCACAUUCCGAAGUCCGCCUGGGGCCAGACGGGGGUGGGCGCGCGUGGACCCCGCGGCAGCAGGAGAACGCUUGGGCUGAGUGCAGCUGCUGUCAAGCCGGAGGAGACAUUUCCUCCUUCGGAACGGAGGCAGCGCGCACGCUGUUUCCGGGGGCCGGAGCGGGACCCGCCCCGCGAGUGGCCACGUCUCCACGGGCGGCGGGCUCGGACUGCCACCGUGGAGCCCGAGCGCCAGGUGUAAUGAUAGCCCUCAGUAGAACUUCGUACCUCUAAAUCCUAACCUGAACAUGGAAAGCAGAAUGAGGGCUUUGCCCAGAUUGCAGUGCUGCUUCUGAUAGCAGAGGUCAGACUUACCUGCAGUUCCCUUGUGGCUCUCCACACUGGCUCAUCCUUUGUCACUCUGAUCAUGGAUGGUGCAUCAGCUGAGCAGGAUGGCCUCUUGGAGGACAGACCCAGCAGUGACACCUCUGCCUGCCCCAAGGGCUCCCUGGCACUGCCCGACCAGCAGGACAGAGCCCAGCGGGCCAGUGCCAAGGCAAGCAGAGCUUCCAGUGGAGAAGGAAGCCCCCAUGGACCUGGGCAAGAUGGCCUCUGUCAGAACGGGCCAGCACUGCACUUCUCAGACCCUCCAUUGCCUCUUGAUUCCACCCCAAGCCCAGUGGGUCCUGAUGCCUCUCCAGGUGUGGCUGGUUUCCAUGACAACCUAAGGAAGUCUCAGGGAACUAGUGCUGAGGGCAGUAUUAGAAAAGAAGCUCUGCAGUCUCUCAGAGUCAGUCUUCCUAUGCAAGAAACGCAACUGUGCUCAAUGGAGUCUUCGCUGCUGACGGGAGAAGGGGAGCAGGGACGACUUGAGGCUCGCAAGCGGCUGGAAGAGCAGCUUCAGCAGUACAGAGUGAAACGCCAGCAGGAGCGGUCCAGUCAACCUUCAAAAAUGAGGCUUUUUAGCACACUUGAUCCUGAACUCAUGUUAAACCCAGAAAACUUACCAAGAGCCAGUACCUUGGCUAUGACAAAAGAAUAUUCCUUUCUGCGUACCAAUGUCCCACGGGGACCGAAAGUGGGCAGCUUAGGGCUCCUGGCACAUCCUAAGGAGAGAAAAAGUUCCAAAGCAAGCAAAAUACGCUCUCUGGCUGAUUACAGAGCUGAAGACUCUGAUGCUGGGAGUCCUGUUGGCAGUCUCCCAGCCAGUGACUCCAACAGGGCCUCCCUAAGACCUAGCAGAAGUAGUGCAGUGGCCCUUGUGUCUGAGAUCAGCCUGGCUCCUGACGCCGACGACCCUCUGGAGAAUGCCUCCCUGACUGGGGACAGCGUGUCUGAGGCCGAUGGCAACGAGAGUGACAGCUCUUCCUACAGCAGCACCUCUGCUCGCAGGACCCAUGCCAUCCUGGGAAGCCCGGCGGGCACUCAGAGAGCGUCCUAUGUGAUCAAUGGACAGGAAUUUGCUGCAGAUGCCCUGGGCCACUUUCCUUCCAUUAAGGAUGUACUGCAGGCUGCUGCUGCUGAGCACCAAGACGAGGGUCAGGAUGUCAAUGGGGAGGUGCGGAGCCGGAGAGACAGCAUAUGCAGCAGUGUAUCAAUGGAAAGCUCAGUCGCUGGAACGCAGGAUGAAAUGUUGCAGGUUCUUAAAGAAAAAAUGAGACUUGAAGGACAGCUGGAAGCUGUAACUCUGGAGGCUAGUCAGGCGCUGAAAGAGAAGGCUGAGCUGCAGGCCCAGAUGGCCGCCCUGAGCACAAGGCUGCAGGCGCAGGUGGAGCACAGUCGCAGCAGCCAGCUGAGGCAGGACUCGCUCAGUUCCCAAGUGGACACCUUGAAGCAGUCCUGCUGGGAUCUGGAGCGGGCCAUGGCUGACCUGCAGAACACUCUGGAAGCCAAAAAUGCCAGUCUAGCAUCCUCAAACAGUGACCUGCAGGUGGCAGAGGAGCAAUACCAGAGACUCAUGGCCAAAGUUGAGGACAUGCAGAAGAACAUCCUCAGUAAAGACAAUACAGUGCAUGACCUCCGGCAGCAGAUGACGGCCCUGCAGAGCCAGCUCCAGCAGGUACAGCUGGAACGUACAACCCUGACCAGCAAGCUGAAGGCCUCCCAGGCUGAAAUCUCAUCCCUGCAGAAUGUCCGGCAAUGGUAUCAGCAGCAGCUUGCUCUGGCUCAGGAGGCCCGGGUCAGGCUGCAGGGAGAGAUGGCCCACAUCCAGGUUGGACAGAUGACCCAGGCAGGUCUCCUGGAGCACCUGAAGCUUGAGAAUGUGUCCCUGUCACACCGGCUGGCAGACACACAGCAGAGGUCCAUCAAGGAAAAGGAGCGUGUGGCUGCCCAGCUUCAGAGCAUCGAGGCUGAUCUGCUGGACCAGGAGGCAGCCUUUGUGCAGAUCCAGGAGGCCAAGACAAUGGUGGAGGAGGAUCUCCAGAGAAGGCUGGAAGAGUUUGAAGACGAGCGGGAGCAGCUGCAGAAGGCAGCAGAUGCCGCAGCUUCCUUGGAACAGCAGUUGGAGCAGGUGAAGUUGACGUUGCAACAACGAGACCAGCAGCUGGAGGCUUUGCAACAGGAGCACCUGGCUGUGAUGCAGCAACUCACUUCCACACAGGAGGCCUUACAGGCCAAGGAGCAAUCCCUGGGGGACCUGCAGACUCAUUAUGAGGAGCUGCAGGCCAGGCUGGAAGAGCUGCAAGGAGAGGCCACCUCCAAGGAGGACACAAUCCGCUUCCUACAAAAUGAAAAGAUUGUCUUAGAGGUAGCCCUGCAAGCAGCCAAGAGCAGCAUGGAGGAAUUUGACCAAGGAGCAAAACGCUUGGAAGAAGGCACUGAAGGAACAUCAGAAAUUCUAGAACACUUAAGACAAGAACUAGCCAUCAAGUCCAGUCAGGUGGAGCACAUGCAGCAAGAGACUGCGGCUGUGAAAAAGCAGAUGCAGAAGAUAAAAGAACAGUUUCUUCAGCAAAAGGUGAUGGUGGAGGCCUACCGGCGGGAUUCAACUUCCAAAGACCAGCUCAUCAGUGAACUGAAAGCCACCAGGAAAAGGCUGGACUCAGAGAUGCAGGAACUAAGGCGAGACUUGAUUAAAGCACAAGGGGAGAAGAGGGCUGUUGAGGGGGAGCAGGCACGCUUGCAGAAGGAAGUGUCUCAGGUCCACCAGCAGAUGGCCGACCUGGAGAUGCAGCUGCAGUCAGCGCAGACGGAGCGAGAUGCGAUGGAGACACAGCUACAGUCCCUGCAGCUGGAUAGUGAGCGCAUGACGGCACUUUCAGAGGCCAACGAGGCACUACAGAAGCAGGUGGAAGAGCUGCAGCAGGAAGCCCAGAAGGCCAUCACAGAGCAGAAGCAAAAGAUGAAGCGACUGGGCUCAGACCUGACCAGUGCCCAGAAGGAGAUGAAGACGAAGCACAAGGCAUAUGAGAACGCCGUGAGCAUCCUCAGCCGCCGCUUGCAGGAGGCACUCACUGCCAAAGAGGCCGCAGACGCAGAGCUGAGCCAGCUCAGGGCCCAGAGCACCGUGGGUGGCAGCGACCCCACGCUACAUGAAAGGAUCCAGGCCCUUGAGGUAGAACUGCAGAGUGUGAGCCACAGCAAGCUGCUGCUGGAGAAGGAGCUGCAGGAGGUGAUUGCCACAACCAGCCAAGAGCUGGAAGAGUCCCGGGAGAAGGCACUAGAGCUGGAGGACGAGCUUCAGGAAUCCAGAGGCUUUAGGAGGAAGAUAAAGCGCCUUGAGGAGUCCAAUAAGAAGCUGGCCCUUGAGUUAGAGCAUGAGAGAGGAAAGCUUACAGGUCUCGGACAGUCUAAUGCAGCUCUGCGGGAACACAACAGCAUCUUGGAGACAGCGUUAGCCAAGAGGGAGGCAGACCUAGUCCAGCUGAAUCUUCAGGUACAGGCAGUUUUACAGCGGAAAGAAGAGGAAGACCACCAGAUGAAACAGCUUGUCCAGGCCCUGCAGUCUGCCCUAGAGAAAGAAAAGGCAAAAGUGAAGAACCUCAAGGAGCAGGUGGCUGCUGCUAAGGCAGACGCUGGGCAUAACCGCCGCCACUUCAGGGCUGCCAGCUUGGAGCUGUGCGAGGUGAAGAAGGAGUUACAGGCCAAGGAACAUCUGGUGCAUUCGUUGCAGGCCACCACUACUGGACUCCAGGCACAGGAGGGUAAGCACCACCAAGAAGUUGCACAGUUCCAGGCAGAGCUGGCAGAGGCCCAGACCCAGCUUCAGCUCCUGCGCAAGCAACUGGAUGAGCAGCCAAGCCGGCAGCCCAUGGAAGACCAAGAGAUGGAGAAUCUCAAAUGGGAAGUGGCUCAGAAAGAAAGGGAAAUCCAGUCCUUGAAGCAACAGCUGGACCUGACUGAGCAGCAGGGAAGGAAGGAGCUGGAAGGGACACAGCGGCUGUUGCAGAAUAUCAAGUCUGAGUUGGAGAUGGUACAGGGAGACCUGUCCUCGACCCAGAAGGAUAAAUUUAUGCUUCAAACGAAAGUGUCUGAGCUGAAGAACAGCAUGAAGACCCUCCUGCAGCAGAACCAGCAGCUGCAGCAGGACCUGCGCCGCAGCACAGCAAAGACGAGAAAAGAGCUGAAAGGUGAGGCCAGUUCGUCCAGCCCUGCCACGCCCAUCAAGAUCCCAGACUGCCCUGUCCCAGCGUCUCUGCUGGAGGAGCUCCUGAGGCCCCCGCCUGCUGUGAGCAAGGAGCCCCUCAAGAACCUCAACAGCUGCCUCCAACAACUCAAGCAGGAGAUGGACAGCCUGCAGCGCCAGAUGGAGGAGCACACCAGCACUGUGCACGAGUCCCUGUCUUCAUGGACUCAGGUGGGAGCCCACCUUGCAGAGCCAGCUGCUAGCCCUACCCCCAGGGACGACACAGACACACAGCCUGAGCUGAGAUCAUGAGGAGGGACUGGACAGCGACCAUUCCCUGCAUAGGACUGCAGAGGAGGCUUCUGUCAAUAUUAUUUAUUUGAUUGUGUGCUCUGUUUCCCUAAGAGAUGAAAAUUAAGUUUUGCUUUUGCCUUUAACAGAGUAAGAUUCCAGAAUAAGAGCCAUGGAUUAGAGAAUAGUCACCUGAGCAUCACACUUAGCUUAGCCUAUGAAAUGACCAAAUCCUAAGACCCUGGUGUAGGUCUCCAUGAGGAACUUGAGUGUGAGGGGUUGUUUAUGAAGGGAGAUGUUCUCUGAGCUGCCCAGCAGCUGCUGCCAGAACUGCCCCUUGGGGUGGGAGUGCAGCUGCCCACUCAGCAGAAGCUACGCUUUCCUGCAGAAAUGGGGUCUUCCCUGUGUUUCUGGCUAUCACCAUGGACAAGGGUCCCCACAGCCAGCUGGCCUUUGCUCUUCCUUUCACUGCUGCUACUUUUGAACCUGUGCCAGUGGGGUGCGUCUUCAUAGAGAGUAGUGAUGACGAUCAUAAGAGAUGAAUCAUUUUAUUCAUGGCACCUUCUGAAACCAAAAUAUUCUUACAUGGAAAGUGUUCUUCGUUGUUCAUGAUUUCUGAGGGUCUUUAACUGCUGCUUGCAGCCCUUCCAGACCACCAGCCCUGGGGGCAUUCCAGGUUGAUGAUCUUCAGAAGAUGGGGGACACCAAGGGUCACCACAGGCUGACCUGUUUUGGGGAGGUGAGGGAGCAUGGGUAGGAGAGCGUGUAGGGGGCUGGAGGCUUGCAGCCAUUUUACAGGCCAAUGUUUACUGGGAAGCAGCCUGUGCCCUGGUGGCUACAGUCAUCACACGUGGAGAACAGAGAACUCUGAAAUGCCAGGACCCUCAGGCAGAUGCUGUGGCCUCCUGGCAUGUUUCAAGCCAGCCCAUGCUGAGAAUCAGCAGGGAUUAUGACAGGUGGCACCAGUGUGUGUUCCCGUUCCCACCCCCAGGCAGUGGGACAUGGUCGAGGAUGGCUGGCAAGAGUUGAGGCCUGUGUGUAUUUAUUGUCAUGAGUGGUUCCUGGGUACCACCACUGGUCCACUUGUGCUGAGCACAGAUGACCUGUGCCUGUUUGUGGAGAAAAUGGCUAUUUUUACACUGUGUUCUCUUGGACUGCUAGGUGAUUAAUUGGUACAUUAAUGUAGCAUUAAUCACAGAUAUUUUGUUGUUGAAAACAUAUUCCCUAGCAAGUUAUUCGACCUCUAAAAUAUGUGUCACUUGUACAGGGUUAAUCCAGAAAUAAUACUUGAAACUUCCUUAGAAAUAUGCCCUGCUUACCUUGUGUUGGAAAUCGGUGGGGACUAAAUUAUUUUUGUGCUGUUAGAAAAGGAGCAGUGGUAAUUCCUGUUAUUUAUUUUGGUUGUAUUGUCCCUGGGUCUAGUUGUAAGGCCAGGAAGUGACACUGGCCCUGUUCUGGCUCCUCACUGCAUUUGUGCAUCUCUGGAGAUAUGUGACACUUAACUGUCCUGGUCUCUGACAGAAGCAUACACUGAUUCUCACAUGUGCAUUGAGCGCAAGCCCCUCUCUUCCUCAGCCCUGCCCUGGAGUGCAACCCUACACAGCCUCCCCUCUCGGUGUGUGUCCCAUCCUCUAGGCUCCCCUUUACACACAGCCCCCUCUUUCCUGUCAGUAUGUGUCCCAUCCUCUGAGCCCCCAGUAGGGGCUCAGCAAGCAACUGGAGUCCUUGCCCUGCCCACUGCCUAGUGUUCUUGGUCACUGGUCUCUUAUGCAACCUGCAUGGACCCAAGUCACUUGUACUUUAGAGCCAUCUGCUUUUGACUAUUCAGUGUUUUGUUUUUCUGUCUUGCGGACUGCACUGGCACUUCCACCUCCCAGUUGUAUUCCUCAGUAACAUUGGGAUUACUAUGCUUGUGGGUAGAAAUGGCAGGAAAGUUAACUCAAGCCUGGAGUUAAGCUGUACUUGUGCAGGGAGUUGUGCUACAUUGUGGGAAACCUGGGCUGAGGCCCUGCAUGAUUUUCGUCCUACACAGUUAAAGCAACUUGGUUUUCAUUGGUUUUCCAGUAGUACAUGUUAGGUCAAUGCUUAGGUCUUACAGAUUUACACAGUUUCAUUCUCCUCUGCAAACUACUGGGCAGUGUUUGGGGGUUGGUAUAUGAAGUACUUGGGCCUGGUCCAGGGAACAGACUGGCCAUCCCAGAAGGCAGCCUGUGGUGGCAUACACCUAGAGGCUUGCACUGACACCUUCCCAGUUGGAAGUCUCACUUGUCUUGGGUCUAGGGGCAGUAGAAAAACCAUGGGUGGGCCUACUGAGUCAUCAUGACACAUACACUGACUUCCAGGACUAACAGUUCCAGGAGUGAGAGGGACCAACAUAUCUGGAAGAGAAAUGAGCUGGGCUUGCAUCGCUGGGAUGAGAGACAUGCCGAGAUAAAGAGCUGUUCCACUUGAAGGCCUCAGGUUAUGGCAGGGCCCUUGAGGGCAGUGCUUUACAAUUACUGAUCUUGAUUAAAGUUUACUCAUGAGAGUCCUGACUGGGCACACAGGGAAAGGUGUCACCAUGUACACAAAUUUAAUUUUAAAGAGCAUGUUGAUUAUAUAUAUAUAAACAUAAAUAUAUAUAUAAUAUAAAUAAGUGUGCUUGAGAAUUCUUUAAACUUUGUGCAAUAAACUAUUUUUUGGUAAAGAUGUUCCUAUUA